CUGGCCACGCCCCCUCGCCCCUCGCGCGACCCGGUCCUCGGCAUGGCGGCGGUUCUCUGCAGGCGGUGCCUCCCUCGGGCGCGGCGCUACAGGAGAGCUGGGCAGGGCUGCGGCCGGCACUACCGCGCCGCGAUUUGCACAGAGUUGAAGAAGCCCCUGACCAUUGAAGAGGUGGCCCCCCGCCCCGUCGGGCCUCACGAGGUCAGAGUUGAUGUCAAUUUCUGUGGCGUUAACUUUGCUGAUAUUUUGGUCUGCCGUGGUCAAUAUCAGGAAAAGCCCCAUCUUCCCUUCACACCGGGAUUGGAGUUUUCUGGGACAGUAUUGGAGACAGGCACAGAUGUCAGCACAGUUAAAGAGGGAGAUAGAGUUAUUGGCAUAAGAAACUUUAAUUGUAUGGCUGAAGAAUGCAUCACUGAUCAGAAGAACCUGUGGCAGAUCCCAGAAAAGGUCUCCCUACAAGAAGCUGCUGUCCUCCCUGUAUCCUAUGGUACGGCGCUUUUUGCUCUUGAGCAUCGGGCCCAUACACAGCCUGGAGAAGUUGUUUUAGUGACAGCAGCAGCUGGAGCCACAGGCCUUGCAGUGAUAGAUAUGGCAACAAAUAUUCUUCAGGCCAAGGUAAUAGCUGCUGCUGGAAGUGACGAGAAGUGCAAGCUGGUGCUGCAGAGGGGUGCUCAGUCCAGUGUGAACUACAAUCAGGGCAGCCUGAAGGAUGCAGUGAGGAAGCUGGUGGGCGAGGGCGGGGUGAAUGUGGCCAUCGACAUGGUGGGCGGAGACGUCUUCCUGGAGGCUCUCCGCAGCCUGGCAUGGGAGGGCAGGCUUGUGGUGGUGGGAUUUGCUGGAGGAAACAUUGCUUCUGUGCCAGCCAACCUUCUACUCCUGAAGAAUGUCUCUGCCAUGGGCCUGCGCUAUGGUCAAUACAAAGAAACAAACUUUCCUGUCUUCUCCAAGAGUCUGUCUUCGUUGCUUCAGUACUGCCAGCAAGGGCGCAUACAACCAUAUGUCGGAAUGGUUUUCAAGCUGGAGGAGGUCAAUGAUGCCUUCCUUCAUGUGAUACAGGGGAAAUCCAUGGGCAAGGUGCUUCUUGCUCUUAAAUAAAUCCUCACCUCAGCAGCAAAGUUAACAUGUCCAGAUCAAAACUCAGCGUCUUUCCUGGAAACCUGAUUUCCCUUCUAUGUUUCCAAAGGUGUUACCACUUUCCUUACUAAUCCAGGUUUAAAAUCCUGGAGUUAACUUUGAUUCUGUUUACUAAUUGCUCCUAAUUAAUAUGGUUAUAUAAUUUCUUGUCCAAACUUGGGCCUUUUUGAGAGUGAAAGGAUGCCAUUAGUCCUUACAUCAGGAAAACAUACCCCAGGCAAAUCAGAAGGUAUGGUCAGCCUACUUGAUGCUUUAUGAAAUGCGUUAUGAAAUCACUAUUGCCAAGUUCUGUCAUUCCUACCUCUGAGAUAUCUCUCACAUCCAUAUCCUCUUUUUCAUUCUAUUUAUACCUCAUUUGCUGUCACCAGUGACCUUCUAACUGCUUUUCCUACCUUUAAACUACCCUCGCCGGGCGCGGUGGCUCACGCCUGUAAUCCCAGCACUUUGGGAGG